UCUUUGCAUGGUAAGUGUCUAUUUAAUUCCAUUCAUAUUGGCAUUUUCACAAUCAAUUUGGUUUUGUGAAAAAAUAACCAAAAUCAAACUUUAAAACAUUUUCGAUUUCAACUCAGGCAAUACAAGUCUCAGCCAUCAAAAAAGCAAUAUGCUUCUGUUAACAGUGUUUAUAAUUACUUGGACAACAAUUAUCAAUGGAGCUUAUUCAGUGGUUCCCAUUGAUCUUCCAUUGGACAUUGAAGAGGGUAACUGGCUGAUAAAAGCAACGCUCACAGACAACGAGGACCCAAAGCAAAUCAAAAUGGAUGAAUACAUUAAAUCUGCGAAUGGAACAAUAAGAGGCAAAAUAGUAUUUAAAGUAGAAGACAAAGAUCCAUUCGAAAUAUUUUAUACAAACGCAAACCAAUACGAACGAUUAUUUUCUUUCGGAUUAACUUGUAAUUAUUUUGUUUAUUCGAAAUAUCGUCACGGCUGGAAUUACUUUGUAAAUGGGUUAGUAAAAGAUAAUUACUCCACUAAUUUGGUAUUGCUUGGACCUUCAGUUAUAUUCAGAAUUAAUAAAUUCGCACCUGUCUGGAAAGCAGGCCAAGAUGAUGUUAUUAGGGGCGUUAAGCAGCACAGUGUGACCACAUAUCUCAAUCCAAAACUCGAGGUGCGGUUUUACUACAAAGGCAACAGUCUUGAAGGAUUGAAAAGACCGACUCGCGCUUGGUUUCGUGGUUAUGACCCCAACUACAUGGGGAGUACGGAAGAUAAAUUUUGGUUUGACAUAUACAGUAUUACUCGAGUUGACCAAAAUUUUGAUACGAUUGUUACGCCUAAGCCUGGAAUAGUUUGUGAUAGAUACUUUAGUGAAUCUUCAGCCAAAGCCAAAGUACCUUUUCCAAAAUUAACUCAACAUUCACUACAUUUCAUUGCCAAAACCAAAGGUUUAAAUGCAGGACCAGCUAAGAAUGACGAAGUUUAUGCUGAUGAAAUGUACCAAAUCGCGCGAAUCAAAACUUCUACUUAUGGAAAGGAUAAUGAAACCAUUAAAACUGAUAUUAUUUAUGAUUACCAAUUAGGACUUGAAUAUGAAUUUACACAAGAAGAAAAAUGUUCAGUUUCUCCAAUGAGUUUAUCAGCACCUGGUAUAGUUGAAGAUUCAUCAUUGACUUAUGGCAACUAUAAACUUGAUUUGAAUCGAUUGCUCAACUUUGACUUGAAUUAUCGUUACUUAGGACCAGUACUUUUCGAGGAUCGAGAUGAGAUUGGCCUACAUGCAUGGGAAACACUCAAUAAAGAUUUUGAGGUUGGAGAAACAACUUAUUCAAAUUUCGUUACAACUCAGUAUUUCAGUAAGCUAACAGAUGGACAAACUGAUUACACACUCGUUGGUACAACAUUGAAAAUCCCUGCAAACGAAAAAAAAAUGGCUGCUUCCCUUGCAACAAGGUACUACGAUUAUGGUCAUGAGAUUAGCUAUUCAGAUAGCAUGGAAAAGUUUUCCGUUAAGGACUGCUAUUCUGAACUAAAAGCUAAAAGAACCAUAGCAUUCUUCUUCACUUGUUCAGGUACUCCUUGUGAUUACUUCAACCAAUAUUAUUAUGACAUCCAAGAUAAACUAAGAGAAGGACUCAUCAACUCUGGAACAAUCUCAGCAUCAAGAAUCUCAAACAUUGAACUAAUAAUUAACUCUGAAGAGAUGAUUAUUUAUGUUACCAUUUUGGACUUUCCAAGACUGAAAAAUGCAUUCAAGAUGCAAAAAAUGAAAUUAGCUGAGAAAACAUUAGCAACUUCAUCUAGUGUUACAAUUGAUGGCGAUGAAGAAGCUUGUUUGAGAACAAAUUCAUAUAAAUAUGAACCAUUCACAGCCGUUGCAUUCUGUAAGACAGAGAAUGGUAAUAUAUGUCAGAGAAUCGACGAAGAUAAAGUGAAACUUGUUGAAGAUAAGGAUAAUGGAAUUCCUUGCUCAGUUUUCAUGACACCAUUGAAAAAUAUUUUCCGUUAUAACCGAGAGUUACCUUUAGAAAAUAUUCACAAGAAACUUGCUCUCAUCGAAAUCUCAUUGACUGCACCGAAUAGCAACGAGAUGGUCAAAUUGACUCCAUACCAAGUAACAGAUGUAACCAAAGUAGAUGACGAUGUUCAUUUAACAAAUUCAUUGUAUGAAACGAUCAUGCAAAACUCAAAACUAAUCGAAGAUAAUCUCGAUACAGUUCGAGUUGAUGGAACUAAUGACUUAAGUUCUUGCCGUCGAAAAUGUGUCAAGUCAGCUGAGAAUAACUGUCAAUCUUUUUCAUUUUGCACUUAUGAUGACAGAGUUGAAUGCUUUGUAUCGACCAAUUCAACAGGCAAAACAACUCUUCAUGAAUCGUGUGAUACUUAUUUAAUUGAAAGUCUAACAAAAUAUAAGAAAAUUUCGUUAAGAAGGUUUAUCAAUAUUGAAAAGUCUGUACCAUUCGAGAGUUUUCUUGGAAAAUGUGCCUCUUUUUGUUCCAAUUCCGAUUCAUGUAAAUCAUUCCAAUUUUGUUCUGGUUCGUGUAGCUUAGCAGGUUAUUAUACUGAUGAAACAAGCGUUUAUAGGGAAAGUUGCGAUAUUUAUAUUCCAAAAGUAUUGGACAGAUUUGUAUCAUCUGGACAAUCGAUCGUCGAAGACGUGUUUCACACUGAAGUGAACCUCAAUGCUGAUCAAUGUGCUGCUCUUUGUUAUCAUUGGAACGAUAAUGACGUAGUUUGUCAAUCUUUCAAUUUUUGUCCAGCACAUGGGAAAACACCAAGUCUGUGUCAUUUGUCGAAGUAUUCAAGACAUGAUACUAAUGAGAAACUGAUUCACUCUGAUACUUGUCAAAAUUACGAAAGAAUCAAAAAGAGUGUGAAUGGACAGCACAAUGCCGAGGUUAGCACCAACGUCACCCAUUCUGGGACAAUUUUCGGAAUCAUCGUUCUAUUUAUUACAACUGGACUGAUUUCUGGAAUUGUUGUUACAGUUGUAUAUUCGAAAUUCUUUUCUGUUAAGAGCGAUGCAUCUCAAAUUUAUAAUCGUAACACAUUCAGUUGGACUAAGCAUCUGAAUGAUGAUAGACAAUCUGUGAAUUCUGACGACUCAUUUCAUUUUUCAUCUGAUUAUGCUAUUCCUUCAAGUGAAUGACUACAAUAAAAUAUUCAUAUAAGCUUUAUAAUAAGAACACAAUAAAUAGU